AUGAAACGCACCGCAAUAGACUCAUUCUUCAAGCCCUCUACCCCCAAGAAGCCGAAAUACGAAGCCAACACAAAUGCAUCGAAUCACCUUUCCUAUCCUCAUCCAAUCCCACACCUACCAACAGACUUUCAAGACCAACUUGCCUUCGCCCCCGCGGAAGAAGGCAAAUCGAUCAAUGAUCGCCUAGACCUCGACCUCGUCUACUAUCAGCCCUACAUCCCCUCAUCGAUAGCCCUAGGCGUUUUCGACUUUCUCCGCCAAGAGCUCCCUUACUACCGCGUACAAUACAACAUCAAGCGCGGCCCGGUAGAAACGCAGAUCAACACGCCACGCUACACUACUGUCUUCGGGGUAGACGAAACAUCCCGCUUUAAUGAAGAGGGUGAAAUUGUCGACGCUAAGACGGGGAAGAAGGCGGAGAAGGGCAAGUACAAGUGCACGCCGCGACCUAUACCACAGUGCCUCGACUACCUGCGCAAGCUCACCGAGGGAACCACGAACGAGACGUACAAUUUCUGCCUUGUGAACUACUACGCCGACGGUAAAGACUCUAUCUCUUACCACUCCGACGAUGAGCGCUUCCUAGGCCCAGAUCCGGCAAUUGCUUCGUUCUCGCUCGGUGCGAAGCGGGAUUUCUUGAUGAAGCACAAACCGAUACCGCCGGGUCCUGAGCCAGUCCCGGAGCCGAAGCAGGUCAAGUUGCCGUUGGGAUCGGGGGAUAUGGUGUUGAUGAGAGGGAAGACGCAGACGAUGUGGCUGCAUAGCAUCCCCAAGAGGGCGGGAGAUGAGGCGAAGAAGGGAAGAAUAAACAUUACGUUUCGGAAGGCUUUGGUCAAGGCAGGAACAGAAAACUACUACCAGUACAAUGUGGGAACAGGGGGAGUUUUCAGAUGGAAUGCAAAGGAGAAGAUGAUGGCGCCGUGGGCGAAGGGUGAUGCUUCAUCUAUAGCCGGAACGAUUGGGCCACUGAACGGAGGAGUAGGAGAGGAAAAGAGAGGCGGCGCUAGUGUAACUGAUGAUGGUGAUCUAAAGACAUGA